GCAUUUCUCCCCAAUGCUGAUGCCUGUCCCUGCUGUGCACCCUUGACUUGAGGGCGCUGACAGCAGCAGGAGAACCAAGAGGAUGUGAACCAGCCACCCACCACCAACACAGGGACAGUGCGUGAUGGGAGGCCGGCCAGGCUUUGCCUCUCCCGCUUCACGCACCUUCUGGGUGGCUCUGAGCAGGUUGUUUGACCUCUCUCAGUUGCCUUCUCUAUAAGAUGGGUUAACACUCACCUGGCGUGGCGGUUGUGUGGAUUAAGGAGACGCUUACCCAGGGCUCAGCAUGUAGCAAGUGCUAUAAAUGGCAGCGUUCACAGGCUGCCAGGACAGGAGGGACCCUCGGGAGUGUGCCUGCCCAAGCCUCUGAGGGACAGAGGGUGAAUUGCCGGUGCCUAGCCAGUUGGUGACAGAGCAGGGAUUAGAGGCGGAGCCCUGAGGUUUAGCCCUUUGCUCUUUUCCCCAAACCCUGGGGCCUCUGGUAAUCCCUCCAUGUCUAGCACACCAGCACUGACGUUUGCUCUCAGCAGGGCAAGGACAGGGCAUGGAGCUGGCAUCAUCCUGCCUGGCGUAAAGCGGGAGGCAGGGUGGCAGGGAUUAAAAUCUCUGAGGACAACAUCACAUGCUGCUCCGGGUGACACCUGCUGCAAUAGCCUCGCAGUCAGGAGUCCCGGAUUUUCCUGGCCCCUGAGCCUGCAGACGGGUCCCCAGAGUGACUGACGGUGACUGGCUCUGUGGAGGGAACAUUGGGGCCCUCUCCCCGCAGGCCAGGUAAGUGAGACCCCCGCCCCUAGGCUCUCAGCCUUUGGGAAUAGGAGCUGCCCUGCUCGGAGCUUCUAGACAUGGGGAGAAAGGUGGCCACCAUGGGGCUUUUUAAGUGUGUUUGAAGGCGAAGGGAGGGACGGCCUCCUCUAAGGACUGCAAAGAUGCAGGGUAUCAUGGAGAGAGACAAGGGGACUCCAUGAGCCGGGCGCACGGGGAUGGGGGUGUCUUGUGCACCCUCUGUCUGCUCCUUCCUACCCUUCCCCAGACCCGCUGCAGCCCCCGACUCUGUCUAGCCUCCCUGCCGAGUCCUGUGUGUGCAUGGCCCAGUCUGCGGCCAGCUGGGUCAGUGCGGAGUCUCCCUAAGGGACCCCUUGGACUAAGGGGCUUUUUCCCAGGACCAAGGGCUGAGGCUUCCUAAGAAGCUCCCAGCCAGAUCGUCUUGCACCCAGAGGACAAGAUGUCUCCCUCUGGGAGGUAAGACAGACCACACGGAUGGCAGUGGGGGGGGGGCCCAGGUGCCUGCCCACCAAACAGUUGCUUUAGAAGUGGUCAGAGGAGGCUCAUGCCCUCCCUCCCCUCCCUCUGCCGGCACCAGUGUUGGGGUGCCCUGCCCAUGACCCCCACCGUCUCUGGGCUCAGCUGCACCCAGAGAGCAUCUGGGAUUUGCAGGGGCUGCUCCACGUGUCCUUCCAGCUUCAAGGGAGAGCAGGUGCCAGGAUGUCCACCCAGAGCAUCCACCCCCUGAAGCCCGAGGCCCUGCGCCUGCCGCCUGGGUUGCCCGAGUCCCCAAGCUGCCAGCGGCGCCACACGCUCCCUGCCAGCGAGUUUCGCUGCCUCACCCUGGAGGAUGCCGUAAGCGUGUUUGAGAUUGAGCGUGAAGCCUUCGUCUCUGUCUCGGGCCUCUGCCCCCUGUACCUGGACGAGAUCCGGCACUUCCUGACCCUGUGUCCCGAGCUAUCCCUGGGCUGGUUUGAGGAAGGCCGCCUUGUGGCCUUCAUCAUCGGCUCACUUUGGGACAAGGAGAGACUCACGCAGGAGUCGCUGACGCUGCACAGGCCUGGGGGCCACACAGCCCACCUGCACGUGCUGGCCGUGCACCGCACCUUCCGGCAGCAGGGCCGGGGCUCCAUCCUGCUGUGGCGCUACCUGCACCAUUUGGGUGGACAGCCGGCCGUGCGCCGGGCUGUGCUCAUGUGCGAGGACGCACUCGUGCCCUUUUAUGAGAGUCUUGGCUUCCACUCCGUGGGCCCGUGCGACGUCACCGUGGGCCCCCUCACCUUCACGGAGCUCCAGUGCUCCCUGCGGGCCCAGGCCUUCCUGCGCAGGAACAGCGGCUGCUGAACCGGCUGCCCACCUGGGCAUGGGAGACACGGGCCGGCCGCCUCUGUCUCUGCCCUGGGCUCGUGCCAGCACGGCUGAGCACAAGGGGAGACUGCCGUGGGCGAGUGGCAGGGAGGGGCAGAUAAAGCCAGCCCCAGCAGCUCAGAGUGGAGCGCGUGUCCCAUCUGUCCUCGUGAGGCCCUCUGUACCUCCCGCAUUCCAAGCUCUGUGCCGGCUAGGCUGGUACACAGGGACACCGGGAGGUGUUCUCAGGUCCCUGCCUUGUUUCCUCCUGUGGGAAGGAAGCUCAGCAGCCAGGCUGCAGCUCACAGGAGCCUGGUGCUCGGGACACCCCUAGAGGGGGAGGCUGGGACAAGACAGGGAGAGGCAGGCCUGUGAGAUGGCAGUAGCGUCGGGCAGGGGACUGAGUGCAGGGGCCAAUUCUGAGUGCAGGGGCCACCCCCUGGGCACCUGCUGUGGCCCACUCUCCCCUCUUGCUGCCCUGCAGCCUGGCACUGGCUCCACUGCCCACAGCAAUGAAGCGGGUUCACCUGCUGCCUCCCUGGCAGCUCCCCGGUGUGAUGGAGGAG